UUAGGACUUGGAGUGAAAAUGUCGGGGUGGGGGCAGAUACCUGAUCGCCGCGCGGAGGGAUGCACGUUGCCUCUUGACCGAUUCCUAUCGCGGAGUGAAAAGCGGUGCAGUAAAAAUUAAGUGAAGUUUACGAACGCAAUUACAAUAUUAUGUGUAAGUGAAACAGAGAGGAGUAUAGUGAAAAUUUGUGCGUGUUUUUUUUAAAGAAUUAAAAAAAAAAAAAGUUUUAUUAUGGUGAUUACAAAUAUGCGCGUUGAAAAGUGAUCGGGUCUUGAUUCCUCGACAGCGAUGUCUGUGGAGAGCCAACAGUGCCUGUGCUUCGUGGUUCUACUUAUCCACACAGUCAUAGGUGCUGGGGAAGGUCCAACAUCGACAACAGCAACAACCACCAGGAUCGAACAGAACGAGCUAACAGUCUCCUUCCCGCCGCUAGAAGACUUAUAUAACAGCACGCCUGAGAAGCACUUCGCGACAGAGAAUAAUACGGUUGUGACAUCACAGACCGGUUCCACGGCACUGCUGCCCUGUGUUAUCAGAAACAUUGGUGAUGGAAUUGUGUCGUGGAUCAGAAGAAAAGACUACCAUCUACUGACCGUCGGCUUGACAACAUACAGCUCAGACCAGAGAUUCCAAGCGAUACACCUACAGCACUCUGAGGACUGGACGCUGAAGGUUCGCUUCGUACAAAAAAGGGAUGCAGGGGUUUACGAGUGUCAAGUGUCAUCUCAUCCGCCAACAAGUAUCUUCUUGCGUCUCGAUGUUGUUGAGGCAAGAGCGCAGAUCUCGGGACCAACUGAAAAGUAUCUGAAGCCGGGAUCGACUCUGCGGCUCCAAUGUUCCGUUGUCCAAACCACAGAGGCGCCCGCUUUCGUCUUUUGGUACCACAACAGCAGAAUGAUAAACUAUGACGCGGAGAGGGGCAUCAACGUGACCACGGAUCCUGCUCAGCGCCUCUCAGAUCUGCUGAUUCCGGCUGCCAGUGCCUCUCACGCUGGCAACUACACCUGCGUACCGAACAACGCGGUACCAGCGAGCAUAUACGUCCAUAUCUUUAACGGUGAAAAUCCGGCGGCAAUGCAGUCAUCAUCACCGAGCCCCUUCGGAUUCGAAAUCCAAAGUUGCUUAUUUCUAACAGUAACCCGCUUUAUUAUACAGCGGUGACAAUCAUUACCGUAACAGCCUAGAUUAUCGUUAAACUAAAAUAUAUUUUAUAUGUUAGCCGAGAGGGACUGUUUUAGCGUGGAUCGAAGUCAUUCUGGCUGUGAUUGUCAAAGUUCAGAACGUUUGUACAUUAAUCGGGUAUUUGUACUCUCGACAUUAGACGCAUAAGGUCGUAUUUUACUUUUCUCUUAUAAAAAAACAGGCUUAAAUGAUUUCGUGUUUUUGUCAUAUUUAAACUGACACUAUAAUCGUUUUUAUUUUUAUUGCUUAGAUGGGUGGACGAGCUCACAGCCCACCUGGUGUUAAGUGGUUACUGGAGCCCAUAGAAAUCUACUACGUAAAUGCGCCACCCACCUUGAGCUACAACGGCUACCCCACCCUUCAAACCCUUCACGGCAGAAAUAGACGGGGUGGUGGUACCUACCCGUGUGGACUCAUAAGAUGUCCUAUUACUAGUAAACGUCAGAUAAAUUGUUAAAAUAACAAGAAAUUGAUAUUAUGAAUAAACGACCUAAUGUCUCUGAGAUCGAGAGAACAAAUUAGUGUUAACCUAUGAUAAAAUAGUAGAUUUGUAUAUAUUUAGUAGCAGAAUGAAAUAUGGCAAGCUAUGAUCUAUGUCCCGUUGUUUAUAUCGUUGAUUGGCGAUAGAAUUUUAAGCUCACCCAGUCGGUACGACCGUCCUGUUAAUUCCAACCAAGAAGCAUCAUAGGCUUGAAGAACCGAGAAGCAACUUCUUCAAAGCAGACCACGAGCUCAUCAGUUCAGUAAAAAUAAAAAAAAAGAUGUGUGGUGUAGCGGGACACCGGAUAGGAACGAAGUUCCUUAUUUUAAAAAUAUUAAUUUUAAGUUCUAUUCGAGGUAUAAAGAAAAUAAAACUGGAGGUUUCGCAACAACCCACGGUCAUUCGGUAACGUGCGAACUUAUUGUGGUA